GAAUUUGGGCUGCGGGAUCAGACGGGCGCACACAAUGGUCGAUACUUCGGAAAAAGUUCCUAUUGCCCUGGCGGGUCCCAAGGACGUGGAGCAGUGUUUGCCCCCUGCAUACACAGCUGUGACAGUGAAGCCUUCGAGCAAUAGCCGCCUACUCAGAAUUGGAGCCGUGGUGCUGAUCUCUGGGGCCCUUCUGCUUCUCUUUGGAUCAAUCGGAGCUUUUUACUUCUGGAAGCCAAAUGACAAGCAUGUUUACAAUGUCCAUUACACAAUGAGCAUCAAUGGCAAAGUACAGGAUGGAUCUAUGGAAAUCGAUUCUCGAAAUAACUUGGAAACCUUCAAGACUGGGACUGGAAAUGAUGAAGCUGUGGAAGUGCACGACUUCCAGAUUGGUAUAACUGGCGUUCGCUUUACUGGAGGAGAGAAGUGCUACAUUAAGGCUCAAGCCAAGGCUCACAUCCCCGAUGUCGACAGUGUGACAAAAGAAGGUCUCUCGUUUGAGUUGGAAGAUGAGAUCAUGCCGGCAAAGUUUGAUGAAAAUUCCCUUAUCUGGGUGGCUGCAGACCAGCCUGUAAAAGACAGCAGCUUCUUGAGCCCAAAAAUCCAGGAACUUUGCACAGACCUUCCAAUCUUCUGGCUCCGACCUACAUACCUAAAAGAACAUCAAAGAGGUAAAAGGGAGACUGGAAGAAAAGUCAGACAAGCUCAGAGCCAGUUCGAAGCUGCUGCAGAAGAAAGGAAUACUAGACGCCAAGGCAAUCGCAGACCUCAAAUAAAUGAAACAAGUUCUGAGCAAGAAACUCCCUUCAACCCAGAGAAUCCCUAUCACUUGGAAGGAGAAGGCGGCAUGACAUUUGACCCCAUGUUGGACCACCAAGGUGUAUGCUGCAUCGAAUGCAGGAGAAGUUACACACAUUGCCAGAGGAUCUGUGAACCACUAGGCGGAUAUUAUCCAUGGCCUUACAACUACCACGGGUGUCGAUCUGCGUGUAGAAUUGUCAUGCCUUGCAGCUGGUGGGUUGCACGUAUCUUAGGAGUUGUCUAAAGAUGAAAUCAAAAUCUGUACAGAGAAAGUGAGCUGAAAGUAACGUCAGCCUCAAGGGUAGGAAGCAUUUUCCAGGGCACACAAAUAGUGGGUUAUUUAUCAAAGUCCGAAUUUAUCUCAAUAUUUUCUGCUACAAACUCCGAUCAAAUCCGCUCUGGUUUUUUACGCUUAUUUAUUAUUACAUUUUCCUGAAAAUUUGCUUUGCUGGGAAAAAAAAAUCUGAUUUUUGCAACUUUUACCGAUUUUCUCAUCCAAUUUUCCCCGAAUUUUCACCCAAAAACUUUGGGGUAUUGCACGAAACCCAGGGCACAUCAAAAAAUCAUUGGGACUUCUCCCACUGACUUGUAUGCAACCUCGACAGGUCUGAAAAAUUUAUGAUUUAGGAUUCGGUUCGGGAUUCGGCCUUUUUCAGCAGGAAUCAGAUUCGGCCGAAUCCUUGUGCAUUGCGAACCGAAUCCUAAUUUGCAUAUGUAAAUUAAGGACGGGUAGGGAAAUCACAUGACUUUUCAUCACAAAAGAAGAAUUUUUUCCUUUCCUGACCCUAAUUUGCAUAUGCGGAUUCGGUAUUCAGGCAAAUCUUUCACCAGGAUACAGGGAUUCGGUGCAUCCCUAAAAAAAAAAAAAAAAAA